AUGGAAAAGAUACACAAUGCCAGGAGCGAAAGACCCCACACCUUGAUUCGCGCCAAUGGUGUGAGUCGCCUGCAAACCACAGGUAUCAACUUUGCGGUUCCUGCGCUCCAGAAAGUGAAAGAGCACAUGCUGGAUACCCACGGCGAGUUUCAUUGGAGGACUGCCAUUCUACGAAUACUGCACAAUCACAAAGUCCAAUAUACUCUCAUGGGUCUAUUGUUUUUGGAUGUGGUCAUUCUAUUCAUUGAAACCUUUCUAACGGGUCACUAUCCACCCUGCAAUAUCAUUGAGCGAGAUUGCUUGGCCUGUUGUCCUUUGGCGGCAGAAGGUGCCGAACGAUUCCUUGCAUCGUCGGAACCAGUGUGUGAAAGUGGAUACGAAACCACUGUUGGAUAUGGAUCUUGCGAUGGGAACAAGUGGCAUACGGUUCAUUCGGUCGAGAUUGCAUUGUUUGCAAUGACGAUUGCGAUUUUAUCGACCUUUUUCGUCGAAAUUCAUCUGGAACUGAUUGCCUUGGGACCCUCCGUCUUUUGCCGACAAGUCUUUUAUCUGUUUGACUACAUUAUCAUUGUGGUGAGCUUGACAUUGGAACUCCUGUUCCACUUUGAUCAUGAAGACCUUGGACUGUCCAGUUUAGGGGGAUUGAUCAUUUUUGCUCGUGUAUGGAGAUUUGUUCGGAUUGGACAUGGAAUCAUUGAAGUGACGACGGAAUUGACUCACAAACGAUACAAAGCUCUCAUGGACUAUGCCGAAGAGCUAGAAGAGAAAAUGAAAGAAAAUAAUCUGGAUUUGCCCGAGGCACCAAAAUCCUUUCAUCGCAAAGAGUCUGAAGAGACUGAUCAAGGAGCCCACUAA